AGCUCCCUCUGCUGCUCUCUCACUGUCGCUAUUCCAUUUGCUGCAGCGCAGGCAAGACAGGCACUGCAAGAUCUCUGUCCUGUCUCUGAGUUUUCCAGCUAAUGGCCUCGACUCCUUUUUUGACUGAGCUCUUUUGGCCUCACGUUUGCCAGCUUCUUUUCUCACUGUUGUGGCUAAGAAGGGGGCCAGCCGACGCUUUGUGAGCCACAAAGAGGAGAAGUGAACGCUUUUGGAAUUUUUCUAGUGCAAAAACAUUUGGCAGCACUUUUUUAGCAUGUUGCUCUGAAGCGCUGCUGUGGGACCAGACGGUGCUCAAGAGGAAGAGGAGGAACAGCUACCCAGCAGCUCUGGUUUCCAACCUCUGCAGCACCCUUUUUGUGUAUGACAAUUCAUUUUGAGCGCAGGACGGCUGGGGAGGGUGGGGAGUGGGGAAGGAUGAGCGCAAACAGCCCCUCUUGGGACCAGGCUAUUCUCCAGCCUCCCGUGUGUGAUGCCUGGAAGGAGAUUAUGGAGGAAGCAGCCUACCAGCUGGCCAGCUGCAUUGUCCUCCUGGGUUACAUGGGGGGAAGUGGCAUCUUUGGGUCCCUCUAUAUAUUUGGCCUCCUGGCCCCAGGCUACUUCUGCUAUGCUCUGUGGGGCUGGCUGAGCGCUUGUGGGCUGGAUAUCUUCAUCUGGAACAUGCUGCUGGUCUUCGCCUGCUUGCUUCAGCUGGCUCACCUGGCUUACCGGCUCCGCAGAAACACCAUCCCAGAAGAGUUUGACCUCCUGUACAAGACCAUGUACCUGCCCUUGCAGGUGCCCCUGGAAGUCUACAAAGAAAUCGUGAAGUGCUGUGAAGAACAGGUCCAGUCGCUAGUCAGAGACCAGAAUUAUGCGGUGGAGGGCAAGACGCCCAUUGACCGCCUCUCGUUGCUGCUGUCGGGCAGGAUCCGAGUGUGCCAGGAUGGACAAUUCCUUCAUUACGUCUUUCCAUACCAGUUCCUGGACUCUCCAGAAUGGGAGUCACUGCGACCCUCUGAGGAAGGAACUUUCCAGGUCACGCUGACAGCCGAGACUGACUGCAGCUACAUCACCUGGCCGAGGAAGAAGCUGUACCUCCUCCUGAGGAAGGACCGCUACAUCGCCCGUCUCUUCUCCUCCCAUCUGGGCUAUGACAUCUCGGAGAAGCUCUACUCCCUCAAUGAGAAGCUCUUCGCCAAGUUUGGCCUCCGCUUUGACAUCCGCUUGCCCAGCCUCUACCAUGUCCUUGGGCCAGCCUCCUCCGAGGGGGAGUCGGAGGACUGUGAGGAGCUGAUGCCCAGCUCUGGCCAGGCCAGCGUCUCUGAGCCACCGCCACAGCCGCCACCACCGCCACCACCGGCUCCACGCCCCCGGGCAUCCCGGCCCGACAGUGACCUGCUGGGUGAGGACUCCACCAGUCUUGUCUUGGAAGAUUUUGCUGAGUUGCCGGGGUCUUUUAUGGACUAUGUGAGCGAAGGGGAGUAUAUGAAGUGAGGGCACUCCUGGCACGGGCACAUCUCACCCUGUGUGGGACCCUCGCCCUCUGAAAACCAUCUCCAGAGUUCUCACCCUCUCUGCAAAGGACGAGCCCCUCUGGCUCCCACUCAGACCCCUGAACUCUAGGGAACAACAGGCUGUUUUGAUCCCAAAGCCCCUCCAAGGGAGCAGAUGCUCACACAGGUUUUUGACCAGAGACACUCUUUAGCAUGCAGAGACAUCUGCCAGCAGAUAUCUACACUCAGGAGCACAUGAAGCACAUGCUUAAGACUGCAGUGUGACACUCCAGCACCUCUCACCCCAUGGCUGUUCACCAGAGCUGCCUUCCCCAGCCUGCUUCCAUGGUUUGUUUUCUAGUCCUGCCUCUCUGAGGUUGUCAGCAGCUCUGUCACCAAAGUGCACCAACAUCCUGUAAGCAAUACAAGCCUGCUUGCAGAAUCUGUGUUCCCUUUGAUUCAAUGAUUCCCAUUAAAGUCAGAGAUGAAACUA